AUGUCUUCAGCUGGAGCACAGGAAAGUAAACUCACUUCUCCCUACGGUUCGUGGAAGUCCCCCAUCACCGCAGACCUUGUUUCCGGUUCAGAAAAGCGCCUCGGUGGCUUUACAGCGGACCCUCUUGGCCGACUCAUUUGGCUCGAAUCCCGUCCCACUGAAUCGGGAAGAACAGUGCUGGUAAGGCAAGCAGAGAAAGAAGGGGGCAAGCCUGUAGAUAUUACUCAAAAUGAUUUUGGAGUGAGGACAGUGGCACAAGAAUAUGGAGGUGGGGCUUUCAGUAUUUCAGGGGAUGUAGUAAUUUUCUCAAAUUAUAAGGACCAAAGACUCUAUAAGAACUCAAUGUCAUCUGCAGAUUCAGUUCCUGUGCCACUUACGCCAGAUUAUGAUGGACCAGUUGUGUGCUAUGCGGAUGGAGUGUUUGACUCACGAUUUAAUCGUUAUCUAACAGUAAGAGAAGACCGUCGUGAAAGUAGUACAAAUCCUACCACAACAAUUGUUUCAGUUGAUCUCAGUAUCAACAAUAUAGAAGAACCAAAAAUAUUAGUUGGUGGCAACGACUUUUAUGCUUUUCCUCGGAUUGAUCCUAAAGGAGAACGAGUGGCCUGGAUUGAAUGGGGUCAUCCCAACAUGCCAUGGGACAGAUCAGAACUUUGGGUUGGCUACAUAUCUGAGAAUGGGGACAUUCAAAACCGGACCUGUAUCGCUGGUGGCGAUCCAUCAAUUGUGGAAUCCCCAACCGAACCUAAGUGGUCACCUCAAGGAGAACUUUUCUUCAUCACUGAUAGAAAAAGUGGGUUUUGGAAUAUCUACAAAUGGGUGGAAUCUACAAAUGAAGUGCUGCCUGUUUACUCCUUGAACGCUGAGUUUGCAAGACCUUUAUGGGUUUUUGGCAUGAACUCUUACGAGUUUGUUCUGAAUCAUGGUCAAAAGAACUUGAUUGCUUGCAGUUACAGGAAGAAAGGGAGGUCAUAUCUUGGAAUUCUGGAUGUUGCUAUGAGCAUGAUAUCGCUGCUUGAUAUUCCUUUCACAGAUAUAAAUAAUAUUACAUCUGGGCUUGAUUGCUUGUAUGUUGAGGGAGCUUCUGCAGUUCUUCCAUUGUCAAUAGCUAAGGUGAUUUUAGAUGAUCAGAAAUCAAAAGUGGUUAAUUUUAAUAUAAUAUGGUCUUCUUCUUCUUUUAAUUCGGACUACAAACCAUACCUGAGUUCACCAGAACUGAUAGAGUUCCCUACCAAAGUCCCAGGUGAAAGCGCAUAUGCGUACUUUUAUCCCCCAACCAACCCUCAUUACCAAGCCAGUCAGGAAGAAAAACCUCCUCUGCUGUUGAAGAGCCAUGGAGGACCUACUGCUGAGACACAUGGAAUUUUUAAUCUCAGUAUCCAGUAUUGGACAAGUCGGGGUUGGGCAUUUGUGGAUGUUAAUUAUGGUGGAAGCACUGGUUAUGGUAGAGAAUAUCGAGAUAGGCUACUGGGACGCUGGGGAAUUGUUGAUGUCGAUGACUGUUGCAGUUGCGCAGAGUAUUUGGUUGACAGCGGAAAAGUUGACAGUGAACGACUAUGCAUUACUGGAGGUUCUGCUGGUGGAUACACAACAUUGGCUGCACUUGCAUUCAAAGAAAUAUUCAAAGCUGGAGCUUCCUUGUAUGGUGUGGCAGAUUUAAAAUCAUUGAGAGCUGACACUCACAAGUUUGAGUCUCACUAUCUUGACAACCUUGUUGGAAAUGAAAAUGCAUACUUUGAGAGAUCUCCUAUCAAUUUUGUUGAUAAAUUUUCCUGUCCCAUAAUACUAUUUCAAGGAUUAGAAGACAAGGUUGUCCUCCCCAAUCAAGCACGCAAAAUCUACCAUGCGUUGAAGGAUAAAGGGUUGCCAGUCGCUCUUGUGGAAUACGAAGGAGAACAACAUGGAUUCCGCAAGGCUGAAAACAUCAAGUUCACUCUCGAACAACAGAUGAUGUUCUUUGCUCGUUUGGUUGGACACUUUCAGGUGGCAGAUGAUAUCACUCCGAUCAAGAUUGAUAACCUUGACUGA